ACAGCAGUGGAACUGCACCGGCUCUGAUGCCUGUGCUGAUUUCAGUGUGUUAGAACAAUGUUAAUCUGUGUGAGUGUUUCCUCUGCUCUCUGCCUCAUCUGAGCAAACGUCAGCAGCACCUUGAGCCAAGAAAAGUCUCAGAGUGUCUGCUUUUAGGACAGAAACACCCCCAGUUAAACUGGGACCUUCUGCCUCUGGGGUUUUGAGAUGUCUUGUAAGAGUGGGAUGAACCAAAGUGCAGAUUGUUAAGAUUUUUUUUUCUUCCUGCAUAUCUGACCUUGUUCUCUGCUUCCACUCAGUGUUUAGGAGGCAGCACUUCUCUCUUCAAGGGACGCUGCACCUAGUCUUUGACAAUGAAGUUCAACUUGUUCAGAAAGCCACAGGCUGUGGCGGCCGCCGAGCCUACUGGUGCCAGUACUGCCACCAUGGCUCCCACCCAGGCCUACGUCUCCACUUCUGUGCCGGAAAUCGGCCCUGGCUCCAACAUCACAGAGAUCAAUAAGAACGACAUGUUUGAGGAGAUCAAGAGCAAAUUCUUGAAUGAAAUUGACAAAAUCCCAUUGCCUCCUUGGGCUCUGAUCGCCAUCGCUGUUGUGGCCGCGUUGCUUAUUCUGACCUGCUGCUUCUGCAUCAUCAAAAAAUGCUGUUGCAAGAAGAAGAAGAAUAAGAAAGGGAAGAAGGGGAAAGAUGGCUUCAACAUGAAGAACAUGCAAGGCGAGAUACACCAGGACGAGGAUGAUGAUGACGAGGGAGAGACCGGACUGACGGAGGAGGAGAAAGAGGAAGAGGAGAAAGAAGAGGAGAAACUUGGGAAGCUGCAAUACUCCAUAGAUUAUGACUUUGAAAAUGCAAAGCUCACAAUUGGAAUCCUUCAAGCUGCAGACCUCAUAUCCAUGGACUCAGGUGGAACUUCGGAUCCCUACGUAAAAGUGCAGCUCCUGCCUGAGAAGAAGAAGAAAUAUGACACCAAAGUACACAAGAAAACACUGAACCCUGUCUUCAAUGAGACAUUUGUAUUCAAGGUGCCCUACGAGGAGCUUGGGGGGAAGACUUUGAGUAUGUCUGUUUAUGACUACGACCGAUUUUCCAAACAUGACGUGAUUGGGGAGGUGAAGAUUGCCAUGAACACCAUCGACCUAGGACGGCCGAUCGAGGAGUGGAAGGAUCUGGAGAGUGCAGAUCAAGAGGAGCCUGAGAAACUGGGUGACAUCUGCAUCUCCCUCCGUUACGUCCCCACUGCUGGGAAACUCACCGUCUGCAUCCUGGAGGCAAAGAACCUGAAGAAGAUGGACGCCUGUGGAUUAUCUGAUCCUUAUGUAAAGAUCCAGCUGCUGCAGGGCGGUAAGCGUCUGAAGAAAAAGAAGACUACAGUGAAGAAGAACACCCUAAACCCUUACUAUAAUGAGUCCUUCAGCUUUGAAAUCCCCCUGGAACAGAUGCAGAAAAUCUUGGUGGCAGUCACAGUAUUUGAUUAUGACAAGAUCGGUAAAAAUGACGCCAUCGGAAAGAUCUUCGUGGGCAGUAAGGCGACCGGCCUGGGUCUGAAGCACUGGUCCGACAUGCUGUCUAACCCGCGCCGCCCCAUUGCCCAGUGGCAUCCAUUGCAGCCAGAGGAGGAUAUCGAUGGUCAGCUGGCAUCCUUGAAUGCAAAGAAGUAAAGUGCUCCACCAACCAGCUAAAACUCAGAGCCCCCACCCCCACUUUGCAUGAAACCCAUGACUUUAACACGACAUGACUACUCGUCAUGAAACCUGCUCAACAAAAAAGAGACAUCUUAGAAUAUUUGCUCAAUCAUGGUUAAGUCGAGAAAAAAACAAACAAUUUUUAAGCAUCACAUUUCACACAUUAGCGUAUGCUGUGAAGAGUGGUGUUAAGAGCUAUGAGGUGACUGGUUCAUGAAUGAUCGACGGUUGGUCUUUCUUUCGUUUGAAAAAACUCAGCAACUGAUUCUUAGGGUGCUGACAUGGAAGGAAAGUCUUGGUGAAAACAACGCUGGAAAUAAAGCUUUAGUUUAGUUUAUGGAGCAUGCUUUACUUACCUCCCCACUGCUCUGCAUACAUCACACCCAGUAUUGUAUCAUGCUAAUAAGUGUGCUAUAACUUGCAAUAGAAAGAACUGUAGUAUUGGGUUAUUUCCUGCAUAGUAUAAGUCUACUAAACAUUUUAUUGAGAAUGAAUGAGGUCAAUGAUCCAUGUUGCAAUAUAUAGUUUAAAGAGAAAUCUACAUAAAUGAUUGUCUUAUUCAUUUUAUCAGCUCACAUGUGAGCAGAAUCAAAAUACAUUAUGGAAUAGUUGAUCUAAGUUGCUUGUUUUGUGUUGCCAUGAAGGCUCGUCUAUGCAUUUGACUCCAACAGUCUGUGUCUUCAGACAGGUGUAAUGUAGGAAAGGAAUACAAGGGUGCCUCUGCUGGUUUGACACUUUGAGAAAUACAGUAAGCUUCUUUGUUUUAUUUUGAAAUCAUAAAAAAGGUAGUCAGGGACACUGUGAAUGUGCCAUCUGCAAUCUGUCUUGAGCUGUGUUGACUACUUGGAUGUAAAACCUUACUUAGCUGUGGCUGAGGUAAGGAUACAAGAAAGCUUUUGGAGGAUGUUUAAGCAUUUGUGACCAUGCUUCUUCUACAUUAUGCUCUUGCUUUCAGAAAACAGUGCCAUUUUUCUCAUUUUUUAAAUAAAUGAGAUGUCCUUCUUUUUCCAAUGUUGUAGUUUACCAUACUGCAGUACACUUCAGUACUUCCAAUCAUUAAUGGGGAAAAAACACAAGGAUUUCUGUCAAAGGUAAGAUGUUUUUAUAGAGAAUUUGAAAUGUAAGAUAGCCGCACUUUUUAAGAUAAUGUGAGAUCAAGUGCAAAAAUGCAGUUUCAUGAAAUCUCCACAGAGCAAGUGUAAGCCGACAUCUAAACAAAUAAUACAAUAAACAUCUUCUUGGACCAUUUAGCUUGAACCAAAUAGACCUGCAGAAUCCAGCAUGUAUCAUGCCUCGCAGUGUUUCAUGUCGUUAGGAUCGCUCACUCAUCGGCCACAAGCUUUGUAAACCUGGAGCCAAAGUGCUUCAACCUCAUCACGAAUAUACUGUGUUACACUAAUGUGCAGAGGAAGGUUUGAAUAAUCCACUUGACUUUUAACUGAACAAUUUCCAAUUUUGGGUUGAGUUCAAAAAGAGAUUUACCUUCAAUUGGAUGCAGAUUUAGACUUUCAUUUUUGGAUAUAAAAAUCCAGGUUCUUUCAGACAUCAACAUUUAGGAUGAGAGAAUAUUUGUAAAAAAUGGUGACUACCAAGGUAACCCAAGCGAUCAUGAAUGAAAUUAUGAUUUGAUAGAAAGAAAAUCCAAGAAAUCCUCACGUUGACAUCUAGAAGUAAAAUCGAAACACAAAUAAUAUUAUGAAUUGGUGAGAUGCUGAUCCUUGGUAAUCUGAUUCAGCAACUGAACACUUUAAUAUCUGAAUGUUUGAGAAUUAAGGAGAAAACACAAAUGCUGGAAAAACUGGAGCAGAAAAAAGGAAAUUUAAAUUAUGUAAUAAUUCAAUUUAGUAAAGUAAUAUUAUACUGUAAGUAUAAUAUCAUUCUUAAAUUGCAGCAUUAUCCAGAAAAGGUUAUAUUAAUUUUGGAAUAGGUCUUCUGUUGUCUUUGAGACAAUGUUUGCCUCCAUAGGAGGAAGGAGUAAAGAUAUUUGUGCUGACAGAUCCCAGCUGCACACUGAUUGGUCCUUGCGCAGUACUACUUAUUCCUACUGAUAUCAUUAUGCAUCACGCAGAUUUGUUAAUAUGCUACAGCAUGUACUCACAAGAUAAUGUAAAUAGUAGCAUGUUUUAAAGAGGAACCAUAAUUAUAUUGUGUAUGUGUGUUUGUGAUCUGUGUCAUUUUUGAUAAUAAAAGGGAGUAAAAAAGA